AUGAGCAUUCCCGUCCUCUCCACCCCUCCUGACGCCAGGACGAGCUAUAUCAUCGACCAGCUGGAGGGUGAACGCCUCACUAUCCCCGGCAGCAAGGGUGCCUUUAGAAUUCUGGCCUCGUCCAAACAGACAAACGGUGGCAUCGCUGUGUUCUCAAGCGGUGCUGUCCUCUCCGAUGCUCCGGGCUUCCACUGGCACGCCGAGGCACACGACGUCUUCCUCGUGACCAAGGGCUACCUGAGGUUAUGGAAUGGUGAUAAGUGCAGAAUCAUGGGCCCUGGAGACUUUGCCUAUGUUCCUCCCAAAAUUGUACACAAUCCCGAGCUUAUCGGCCCCCACACAGAAACCCUGGGUUUGGUUGCACCGGGAGACUGGAUAGACUUUUUCCGCUACGUUGCGGAGCAGUACGAGGGUAACAUUGUGCCAGAGCACGAUAACCGCGACCUGAAGAGCCUGUUGAUCCCUAAAGUCAUGGCCGCAAAGGACCGGUUCGACGUAAAUUUUGAGCGCAACUACACCCCUCCCGAAGUUGGAGACUGGCAGGAGUCAGAAAAUGUUCUCCCGGGUCCCCUGGAGCCGUACUUCCUCCGAGCCAAUACCGGCCCCAGAUACAUCCUCGGCGGCGUCUUGUCGCGGCCCUUUAUCAACACCACUCAGUGUAGCGGCAAGUUCGCAAUCACCAGCCUUGAAUCCUCGAAGCUGUAUGAAAAGUCCCCGCUCGCUCGCUGGUUGACCUUCCCUGAGGUGGACCACUGCUUCUGUGUCCAGGAGGGUUUGUUGAGAGUCAAGCUCAAGGAGUCUGGUUCGUGGACCGAGGUCCGGGAGGGCCAGACCCUGCUAGUUUCGGCGGGACAGGCGUUCACAUUGGAUUAUGGCUCUCGGUUUGUGAGAUCCACCGUCUUCACAAACGGCCCGGGCAUCGAGACUUUGAUUCAAAAUGCGGGCGAGGCUUUCUCAAGUUUUGUCUUGCCGGAAGAGAGCGCCGCAUGGCAAGAGGAGAAGAUCAAGGAAGCGAGUGCGGCUUUGGGUGUUGUGAUUGAAUCAUUGUAA